AUGAAGUUCAAACAGGCUCUCGUCUAUGUCGUUGCCGUCUCAGGACCGCUCGCUGCUGCCACUCCCUUGGCAAUAGGCAAAGUCGGGUCUCUUACAUCUGUCAGAAUGGACCCAGCAGGUGACAAUCACAUCGCGAUAGCUAACAGCCGUAAUUACGCCCAGGGCCGAGCCACAAGCACCGUGGGGAAUAUGUUAGCGGCACACGUCUUUGCCCGCGCUGAAGGUGGCAAUGAGGAGUGUGAGAAAAACGCAGAGGCCUCUAAUCAGAAAGCAGAGGAAGCUAAGAAAAAGGCCGAAGAGGCAGAGAAGACAGCACAGGAAAACGAGCUAAAGGUCCAGGAGAAUGAGAAGAAGGCUACUGAGGCUGAGAAAGUUGUCGAAGAGGCAAAGAAGGUAGUUGAAGAGGAUAAAAAGAAGGUCGAAGAAAGUAAGACAGAAGCCGAACGAGCAAAAAAGGAGGCUGAAGAGGCUGAGCAGAGAGUCAAGGAAGAUGAAGUAAAGGUUCAGGAGGCUGAGGCCAAGGUCAAAGAAAGCGAGCAAUUAGUCGAAGUGGCUAAGAAGAGAGCCGAAGAUGCUGAGAAGCAGGCUGAGGAAUUCGAGCGCAAGGCUCAGGAGGAUGAGAAUAACGUCCAACAGGCUGAGAAGACAGCUGAAGAUAUGAAGAAGAUUGUUGAGGAGGGUACCAAGGAGGUUGAGGAGGGUAAGACAGAAGCCGAGAAUGCGAAAAGGGAGGCGGAGGAGGCUGAGAAGAAAGCAGAGGAGGAUAAGAAACGAUGCGAGGAGGCAAAGGAAGAGCCCAAGGAAGAGCCUAAAGAGGGCCAGAAGGAAGAAUAA